AUGUCCAAGUUUUUAAUCAGAUGUGUUGUGUUAUUUGCAGUUGAGAUCCUGGCUAGGAGCUUAUAUGAGCGCAGAGAACUUGAAACUUGGCGAGUCCAUCUGGACUUUAGUGGCUUCCAAACUCCGCUCCAUACUCUGAAGUCCGCAAUCCUCUCUGCCAAACAGUCCGCCAUCGAGACAUCUAUCUUCAUGGCUACUUGCUGGCCAUAA